AAUAAACCAUUUAUCAUUGUCGUACGGCCUCUUCGGCUGGCUUUCCCGUUAUCUGUCGCCAAUGUCGAACUCUUCUUCUGAAAGAGCUCAGGCUCUGAGAUUCGGAUUCUCUUGGCCCGAACUCAACGACGGCUUGUUCUACAGCGACGUCGUUCGAACCUCCGAUUCCGAAUCGACACUGAUCCAGUUCUACUCCAGAAAAUACAAGAAUUCAGCUCCGCUUCAAGGUUGGUUGCAGCGAAUUCGGAACGGGCAGAUAACAGUUAAUGGCAGAGUUGUUAGAGAUCCCGAUACGAUCCUCAGCAUUGGUUCGGAACUGGUCUAUCAUAGACUUCCGUGGAAGGAGCCCGGCGCGCCGUACAUUCUCGAGAUUCUAUACGAAGAUGGUGACAUGAUUGCUCUAGACAAGCCAUCUGAGCUGCAAGUAUUACCUGGAGGUCUUUUUCAGCAACGAACAGUUCUAACACAGCUCCAAUGGCGGGCAACCAAGCAGAGCUCUUCUCUGGUGUGCUGUGAACCAAACCCUGUUCCUGUUCAUCGCCUCGGAAGGGGCACUUCAGGAAUAUUGCUUUGUGCAAAGACAAAAUUUGCCAAAACUCAGCUGGCAGCGUAUUUUGCUGAUGGGACAUCUUAUGUUGGAGGCAACAGUAAAAACAAUUUGGAGCUCAAUGCAAGAAGGAAAAUUUUGAAGAUAUACCGGGCACUAGUAACUGGGAUAGUUUGUGAGGAUAAGGUGAUUGUCGAGCAGCCAAUAGGAACAGUGCAGUAUCCUGGUGUGGCUAAAGGGCUGUAUGUUGCUUCUCCCUCAGGAAAACCAGCUCUUAGCAAGGUUGAAGUCCUAGAGAGAGACGUAGAAAAAAACUGCACGUUGGUCAAGGUUGAGAUUCAAUCAGGAAGACCACACCAAAUCCGCAUCCAUCUUUCUUUCAUUGGACAUCCCCUACUAGGUGACCCUCUUUAUGUUGUUGGUGGGAGACCUCGUUGCUUUGAUCCUGAAUUUGUGGAUGGCAGUUUUGCACAAGAUGGAGGGUUUCCGAGGCCUGCAAAACCUGUCCCCGGAGACUGUGGCUAUACUUUGCAUGCUCACCACGUUUCUCUGUCUCAUCCAACAACCAAUGAGGUAAUUGAGAUCACAGCACCUCUUCCACCCGUCCUUUGGACUCGGCAAGAAGCACAAGAAACGAGCGUCAUUUAGCAGGAGCUUUAUAAACAGCUUGUACUUAGUUGGCAGCAGUUACGCAGCGAGGCUCAUUUGAUUCUUGCCCUACAACGAACACUUCCUUUUGUAAGUUGAAAAGACUUUGCGUGCUCGCUGUGGCAUUUGAAUUUAUAAUAAUCAAUUUAAAGAAGGAUAAUGCUCUUCAUGCGUGCACCAUGUGAUUGUGCAUGUGCUGCCUAGUGUCCUGAUUAUGACAGUUCAUCUAAAUUCUUGUCUUUUUAUGCUUCG